UUGGACGAGAUAUUUUAUUCAGUCCCUCUUUCAUGUACAUAAAUUGCUGCAAAUAGACACGACACUGCAGCCUGGCUCCAAAGCAAAAUUGUAGAAUAGAUAUACAUAUCAAUGAAGCUUUCAAUGAAUCAUGUACGGCCAUGCACAAUCAGAUCACCCUUUCUCCUACAUAACCAGGUUUUUUCACCCAAUUCUACCCACAAAAUCACUCCUAAAAGACAUAGAACUUCAAUUCCAAUCCUCAGCUUGAAAUCUGUCCAAGCUCCUACAAAAAGAUUAUGCCAGAAAUGGAUGGAUUACCAGGGGAUCAGCAACUGGGAAGGACUUCUUGAUCCUCUCGACGACACUCUACGGGAAGAGAUCAUAAGGUACGGAAACUUCGUCGAAGCCGCUUACAAGUCGUACGACUUCGACCCGUCGUCUCUGACCUAUGGCCGCUGUCGGCACUCGAAGGGGAAGCUCCUUCCACGGGCAACCGGAUACCAGGUGUCCCGACAUCUGAGGGCCACGAGCGGUAUCCGGGUGCCCCGGUGGAUGGAGCGAGCCCCGGGAUGGAUGUCCACGCAAUCGAGCUGGAUCGGUUACGUGGCGGUGUGCAACGACAAGAAUGAGAUCGCCCGGCUCGGGCGGAGGGACGUGGUGGUUGCGCUCCGCGGCACGGCCACUUGCUUGGAAUGGCUUGAGAAUCUAAGAGCCACUCUUACUCCUCUCCAUGAAAACGAUAGUUGUGGGCCAAUGGUGGAAAGUGGGUUUCUAAGUCUGUACACUUCAAGCACCGGCACUGCCCAAAGUCUUCAAAGCUCAAUAAGGGAAGAAAUUUCAAGAAUCCUCAAGGCCUACGGUGACGAACCCUUGAGCAUUACCAUCUCCGGCCACUCUCUCGGGGCCGCUUUGGCCAUCCUAGCGGCCUAUGAUAUCAAACAAACAUUUCGAAACUCGCCACUUGUGACCGUCAUGUCCUUUGGUGGGCCCCGGGUCGGAAACCCGAGCUUCCGACAACAUUUGGAAAAGAACGGGACGAAAGUGUUAAGGAUCGUAAACUCCGAAGACCCGGUAACGAGGGUUCCUGGUUUCGUCAUCGACAACGAGAACGACGAAAGAAUUGAUAGUUACAAAAAAAGCGUUUCCGGUUGGUUUCAAAAAUUGGUGGAAGAUACACAAUGGGUGUAUGCCGAUGUGGGAUGCGAGCUCCGGCUCAGUAGCCGGGACUCGCCUUACCACAACGGCAUAAACAUUGCUGCUUGCCAUGACCUCAAGACGUACCUCAAUCUCGUCAGCUCCAAUUGUCCGAUCAGAGCGACCGCUCAAAAAAUCAUUGCAAAAAGAAUGAAGCAAACAACUGUGGCUGUGUGAGUAUAUUGUGACAUGAAUCAUAGACUCACACAUGUGACAUUGUACGGACGUUGUCAAACAUUCUACAACGUGUGUACGUCCUAUGUACAUAAACUAUUAACAUGUCUUCAAGAGGAUCAAAGUGGCCAAUGAGUGGAUCAUAGAGAGAAUAUAUGAUACAUGAGGUAAUUAAAUUAAUUAAAGAUUACUUUUUCCAAGGAAUAUUGGGAAAUAAAAAUUGAGAUGAUCGAUCGAACAGGUUUCGAGGUUCAACUUAUGUUUAUGUGUUUUUAUGCAAGUGAGAUUUACCCAAUCUUAGUUGAUUUUAUAGGUUCAAAUUGUUCCUUGAGCUUAGGGUGCAUAAUUUUUUAACAGAAUUUUGGUAACGUAGC